AGGCUUUUAAUUUCUAAUUAUCCAUAAGUUUGAAAUGGCAAACCCACAUUGAACAAGCGUAGCCUCUUCGGCUUCGCUCAGCAGUGAGCAUUUAUAGGGUGUUGAUGAUGAUGAUAGUGACAAUAUCGUUCCUUUCGAAGUAAGCUAAAUAAGCGAAUUAUCAAAUUAAUUAUUGUGUGUUCUUAUCAAAUAAAACGACGUGUGACGUGGGCAAGAAGUGUGUAUAUAUACAGACAUACGCGCUGACGGUCAGUAUUGUGAAGAGCCGGCAACAUGUUGAAGUGUGCAGUGCUACUGUCUGUCUGUUACCUGGGCCUGGUGAUGGCUCAGGAGCUAUCUGACAAUGUAAAUCCAUCUGUAUAUCCACCAGAUUGUGGCGAAAACGAACAUUUUGGAUGUACCUAUGCAUGCCCACCAGAGAAGACCUGUGAAACUCGUUUGAUUAAUGUAAUUUGUCCAGGUGUUGUGAUGCCUUGCAUCCCGAAAUGUAUUUGUAAACCGGGUUACUACAGGGAUGGUCCAGAUGGCAAGUGUAUAUCCGAAGAAGAAUGUGGACCAGCUUGUCGUGAAGGCGAGGUGUACAAGGAAUGCAGAGACCCUUGUAUAGAUGAGAGCUGUGAUGCCUUGGGGAGCUCUAUUCCAGGCUGCGAGAGUCCUGAACCCUGCGAACCAGGAUGCGCUUGCAGAGAUGGAUUCUAUAAGAUGUACAACUUCUUAUGCGUUCCUAAAUGCUAUUGUCCUGGGUUCAGGGAUUCACCAGAAUGUAGAAAUUAAGCUUUGUCUCGUGAUAACUGUUUUCUGAUCAAAUUAAAAAAAUUAAAAUAUUUUGUGUAUUAAAACGUGAAAAAUUUUAA